CAACAAGUAGAAGGGCUGAAUUAUCUGCAGUGCGAGGCAUAGAAUCAUUUCUCUUGCCACUCGUUUAUCGUAUCCCUUGCGGCCAAGCUUAUGCGGUUCUCCCAUGGAGAUCAGAGACCCGAGCUGAAAGAAGAGUGGAAGCUGGUCAUUCAUGGCGCUAUCAUUACCCUUUAGUCACGUUUCUCAGAUUUGUCUCCGUUCCAAGAUCAUGGCGCUCUCAACAAGAAUGCCCAUGCUAUUAUUAUCUGUAAGACGUAAUCUUGUGGAGAGGGCAUUUCUGAGUUCUUCUUUGUUCUCAUUCUCUACUACGUCUACUCCUUACCCACUUCAAUACGAACUCAUUGUUUCCCGCCCUGCCCACUCUCCUCUCCCGCGACCACGGAGAUCCCCCCGACCUGAUAGAGCGAAGCCUGAUAACUCCCCUGAAGCUGCAGAGGCCAAGGACUCAAAUUCUGAAUUGGGUUUUGAAGGUUGGGUCGACCGUAAGAUUUCAUCGAGGACCUCCGAGACUGAGGCAAGCCAGCGCAGUCUGAAUCAUUUGGAAGAGGAGAUGGAUAAAUUCAAAAGGAAGUACUACCGGAAGAGGAGGAAGAGGAUGUAUGGGACGGACUCGGACGAUGACCGACCACCCGAGGAGAAAUACAUAGAGUUGAAGCAGGAAGUUGUCGAACUUCCGACGUUGCACAAAAGAGAAGAGGAGUUAUACUUCUAUGACGCCUUUUCAUUUCCAUGGGAGAAAGAGAAGCAUUACCGGAUGGUGUAUCAGUUGGAGAAGAAAUACUUCCCUGAUCAAUGCCUUGAUAAGGCUUUUGUUGAGCCAGGAGAGUCGAAGGAGACGGGGAAGAAGAAAUCAAUUAACAGCAAAGAGAAGAAAGACAAGGUUGUUGAUGAAGUGCAUAACAAGGGUUUAAUUUUCUUUGAGGACGAAAGUGAGAAAGAUAGAAGAGAGACGAAUUCAGCCAAGAAUUCAAAUAAGGAUAUUACGGAAAAGAAGGUGGAGGAGUUCUUCAAGUGCUUGAAGAAAGUACCCAACAAGCCUCAUGAAGUUGCUCCGGCGGAACCCUACAUACUGACUAGGAGCUCUGAGCUUCCCCCGAGGUGGGACGGUCCAUAUGGGACAGCGGUCCUGGUGAACAAACCAAAAGGAUGGACAUCAUUUACAGUUUGUGGAAAGCUGCGCCGCCUUGUCAAAGUACAAAAGUUGCAGGUUGGGCAUGCAGGUACUCUUGAUCCUAUGGCAACUGGUUUAUUGAUUGUAUGUGUCGGUAAAGCUACUAAGCUGGUGGAAGGGUUCCAGGGUAUGAUUAAGGGUUAUAGUGGAGUUUUUCGCUUAGGGGAGGCUACUUCAACUUGGGAUGCUGAUUCACCGGUCAUUCAACGUGAGCCAUGGGAACACAUCAAAGACGAGGACAUAAAAAAAGCUGCCACGUCGUUUUGUGGGGAAAUUUGGCAAGUUCCUCCAAUGUUCUCUGCCAUCAAAGUAGGAGGUGAAAAGAUGUAUGAGAAAGCAAGGAGAGGUGAAAGCAUCGAGCUUUCACCAAGACGUAUUUCAAUUUUUCAGUUCGAUAUUGAGCGUAGCUUAGAUGACAGACAAAAUCUAAUUUUUCGAGUUACAUGCUCAAAAGGGACAUAUAUCCGAUCUCUCUGUGCAGAUUUUGGGAAAGCUCUGGGCAGUUGUGCUCAUCUAACAGCUCUACGAAGAGAUUCGAUAGGGCAAUAUUUGGCAGAUGAUGCGUGGGAUUUCCAAGAACUAGAAGACACAAUCACAAAAGGUUACAUGUAACUUCCGAUUACACAAUGUCUUUUCCAACCCCCAGAGAAAGAAAGAAAGAAAGAAAGAAAGAAAGAAAGAAAGAAAGAAAGGAAGGAAGAAAAGGAAUUGGAAUCAAGUGAUUGGAAGCAUGAAAAGCAAGUUUUGUGCAUAAGAUGAUGAUUAUGAUGAUGUGGGAGCCUGGUGUUAAUAUAACAGACUAACAGUACGUCAUUUCCAUGCUCAUUGGCAAGGCGUGUUCAAAUUUUCUUCCUUUUCUCUAUUUAUGGUUUUUUAGGUAAAAAUUUGAACAUGGUAUGUAUUUUGUGAUAUUUUUGUUAUCAAUAUUUGCUUUCAAAUCACCAAAAGGAACUCUUGCAUUAAGGGAAUGCAAAGCCAGUCGACACUAGCGGCGGGGAUAAAGCCCAUAAAAUAAUCUUUUUCUUUCUAUUUCUUUCUUUUGCUU